GUUGCUUACUUCGUAUCAGAGUUGAAAUCGAAGGAUGAAGCAAAGGAUGAAUGUUGGGACCCUUCCCUGGUAUCCAGUGCUUUUUUAUCACCAUGGUUACGCCCCCGUAAAGUAGAGAGUCCCCACCCAGUUAGAGAUGACUACCAGUGCUUUAAAACAGUGGUGUUACCAGGCGCUUCAUGUCUGUAUCUUAACUUUGAUCCGAGAUGUGCCACUCAGUAUGACUAUGAUAAGGUAGUUGUGUACGCUGGCAACAACACAAAUGGUCGCAAAGUUGCUGAGUUUGGUGGUAACUCGCAUGGCGCAGGCAGCAGAAGUGUUGUACGGAUGGGAUGGCCCAAGGAACCUAUCAAGGUGGAAGGUGACGCAGUCACCAUCUCAUUCCAAGUGAAGAGUUCACGGGAGCGUAACACCCCUGAUAUUGCUGUGUGGGGAUUCAGUUGCAUUAUUAGCACCAAGGUAGGUCAGUGUGUGUGGCCGACCUCAGCCGACGCAUCAACAGCAUCAGGAACGUGCGGUAUCACCAUCACUGUUGAAUCAGAGAAGGGUUCAUCUUUGAGUCUUGACAGUAUUUCAUCGAAACCGAGCGUCAAAUUAUCUCCAGAGCUUUUGAAACGGCUGCGAGUUGCGUCAGGUAUUCUGGCCCCCACCCUCCGCCCCAGCUUGCGGCAAGCCACACAGCCUGAAGCCAUCGAGGAAUUAGUGGUUCGGUGUGUGAUUAACCAUUUAGGACUCACUAAGACUGUUCAUGGUCUGGAGCUUCUUCAGGCGACGGAGACUGAUGGUGAGGAGUACAGGUACCUAUGUAGCGUGAUGCGGGAGGUCUACAAUCGGCUGAAUGGUCUGAUCAGACAACUGCAGACCAUGGCAGAGAUGGAGCAGAAAUGGGCUCACGAGAUAGAAGAUGUGCGCAGUGGAGUCUUACAGCCGAGUGCUGCCUUCUUCAAUGACUUUCACCUGCAAGAG